UAAUUUUCAACGGUAUAAAAAUAUAAAAACCCAACCAACCCCUUAAUCAACAGUUUUAGGGUUUCCUGGAGAAAAAUUCCCCAAUUCAAUUGAAGAAUUAGAUCGUGCAAAGUAGGAAAGAUGAUUGAGGUGGUGUUGAACGAUAGGUUAGGGAAGAAAGUUCGAGUGAAGUGCAACAAAGAUGACACCAUUGGAGACUUGAAGAAGCUUGUUGCUGCUCAAACUGGUACUCGCGCCGAAAAGAUUCGAAUUCAGAAGUGGUAUACAAUUUACAAGGAUCAUAUUACUCUUGAGGAUUAUGAGAUUCAUGAUGGAAUGGGUCUUGAGCUCUACUACAAUUGAUCUUCUUCUUCAUGGCUGGUGCAGCUGUCAUGUAUGAAUGCGUUGCUCUUUGCUGAUUGUAUAACCAAAAGUAUAAAUGGUUACUGACUGUAUUUGGUUAACAAAUAAAUUGCCAAAGCAUUCUAGAUACUACGUAUGUGAUUGUCAAAUACAUUCUAAGACAUGUAAUUGUCUAAAACUUGUAAUCAUUCAAUACUCCUUGUACUUUGCCUCUGAUUUUCCAUUACUGUCAUACCUGCUUAAAUACGUCGUAUUAUAGUA